AUGCUGGGAGCCGUCUGUCUCGUCCUGCUGCUGGGCUACGCCUAUGGAUGCGGCCAGCCGGCCGUGCCCCCACAGCUGGGCGCCCGUGUGGUGGGCGGUGAGGACGCCGUAGCCCACAGCUGGCCCUGGCAGAUCUCGCUGCAGUACAGCCGCUUUGGAUCUUGGUACCACACCUGCGGCGGGACCCUCAUUGCCCCCCAGUGGGUGCUGACGGCCGCCCACUGCAUCAGCUCUUCCCUGACAUACCGUGUGGUGCUGGGCAAGCAGGACCUGUCGGUGGAUGAUGAGCCCGGCUCGGUGGCCGUGGGCGUGGAGAAGACGAUUGUCCAUGAGAAGUGGAACUCCUACCUCAUCAUCAAUGACAUCGCCCUGAUCAAGCUGGAAGAGGCGGUCCAGGAGAGCGAUACCAUCCGGGCCGCCUGCCUGCCUGAGGCCGGCAAGAUCCUGCCCAACAACUACCCCGGCUAUGUCACCGGCUGGGGACGCAUCAGGACCAACGGGCCCCUGGCCGACGUCCUGCAGCAGGCCCUGCUGCCCGUGGUGGACUACGAGACCUGCUCGCAGAGGAACUGGUGGGGCAGCAACGUGCUCCCCACCAUGGUUUGUGCCGGCGGUGAUGGCAUCAGCUCUGGCUGCAACGGCGAUUCCGGCGGCCCCCUGAACUGCCAGCGCGAGGACGGGAUCUGGGAGGUGGAAGGCAUCGUCAGCUUCGGCUCCGGGCUGAGCUGCAACCUGAUCAGGAAGCCAACGGUGUUCACCCGCGUGUCUGCCUACAUCGACUGGAUCAACGAGAAAAUAAGCUCCAACUGAGGACUCGGCACGCGGAGAUACAAGUGUUGAGUGUGAUAAAGGCAAAAGUGCUGAGCUGGUCUCGUGUGCCGCACUGGUUAUUUGGGGGGGACAGGGUGGAGCUGGGGGCAGACACCCAGGGCUGGGUCUGGUGAUGUUGGGUCCUGUUUGUGAGCUGAGGAAGGUGUCCCUGUUGUGCAGUGGGGCUGGGCAGGGCCCCGGGGAGGCUGAGGUGGGCAAACAUCCCACAAGAUGCUCUCACUUGUGGGGGAGAGCCAUGGCUGAGCCCAAGAGCUCAAGGUUUGGCUGAUGGUUUCAUGGGAGUAGGGCUGGGAUCUGUUCAGGUGGUUCUGGGGGGCUUCAGGAAACCCACUUGGCCCUUGGGGGGGAUCUAGGAUAUUGGUAGAUCCAGGGAUCCUUUAGAGGACCUCACUGGCACUGGGCUAGAUGGGGGCAGCUGAAUUUUAAUGGGGGUCUUGAGGGAACUGGGUUGGCUCUGGGGGGCUUGAGGAGGGCUGAUUGGUUUGAGAGGGGUCAGGGGAGCAUGAGGGAGCUCUGUUGGAGCCAGAGCCCUUGGAACACAGUGGGUAGGGCCUGGAAGGAUGGCAGGUGAAUCCCAGCUGUGGGGUUUCCUGGGGGCUGCCCUGGAGGAGAUGGGGGAGGAUUUUCCAUGAAAAAGGCAGCCAUGUAGGUGGGAGUGGGUGUGAAGGGGCUGCCCAGGGGUGCACUGUGAGCCCCUGAGCAGAGCCAUCCCCUGUGCCAUCAUCCCAUCGUGGCUGCUGGAGCCCAGCCAGGAUCCUAACAGCAGGAGGAGGAGGAGAACGAGCAGGGAUGGACGGAUGGCAGCGCCUCCAGCUCGGCGGGGAGGAUGUGAUGGAUGGUGCCGGGUUUAGGAGCCCUGCAGCCGCUGGAAUGAUGAGUGGCACCAUCACCAGACCAGCAAAGAACUCUGGAACCUUCACCGAGGCUUGGGAGCACCAGCACGAGCCACUCAGGGUCUCCCUGGGGACUCUGUGGCACGUGCCAGCCUGGCCAUGGGUUUAGUGGGAGGAGAGGGGUGCAGGGUGGGAAAUGGUCUGGAGGGUGAGGAAAUGUGCUGUGGCAAAGGGACUGUCCAGAUCUCCCCAAGGGGAAUUAAAGGCCUGUCACAGGAUGUGGUGUGGAGGUGGAUGCUCUGUGUGUGAUCUGGAUGGCACUGGGUGGUCGGGGCACUGGCGGGGAGGGCUGGGCAGGGGCUCUGCUGCCCAGAGUGGAGAGCUGCAGGCUGUCCGUGUGAAGCUGAGCAAUGGAAUGUGCCCCCUUGCCCUGUGUGUGCACCCACAUGUGCUGUGGGGACGCAGGUUGGGGCUGGGAGGAAGGGGUGGGGGGUGCAGGACCUUGGUGUCACAGCCUGUUGUAUUGCCAUGUGCUGUCACCUCGUUGCUGUGGGUGUGCCUGUGCACUGUGUCCCAUCCUCAGAGGUGUUUUGGUGAGCAGGGGGGCCCAGGGCAUGGGCCCAGAGUGCCACAAGCCUCAGUGCUGGGGCAUCAGUACCCAUUGUGCAUGUCCCACACAGCCAGCCACGGCCAUCCCCCUGCACUGUGUGUCACCCCAAUAACCAGUGUCCUCUCACCCAGAGGUGGUGGAGAAUUGUGACCCCUCUGGGCAAAGAACCUUUUCCUAAUACCCAGUCCCUUCCCUGACACAUCUCCAGCUGUGCCCUCGGGUCCUGUCACUGCUCACAGAGAGCAGAGAUCGGUGCUACCCCUCUGCUGCCCCUGGUGAGGAAGCUGCAGAGCACAGUGAGGGCUCCCCUCAGCCUCCUCUUCUCCAGAGGGUGACUUCACCCACCCCUUGGAUGGCUUCACUUGUGUGUGGUUAUCUCCUGACCUUCACCACUUUUAAUCUUUAAGGCUGUAUAGAGUUUAACACAUAAACAUUACAUUUACGUGUUAAUUGUCUGUCAGUUAUUGUUAUAUUCUGCUCAUGCAGUUUAUAAUUGACACAUUAAAUCUACAAGUUAACCUUAAAAAGAGUUUACUUGAAUUUUAUUUCUGUUAGUUUUCAAUGUGUAACACCUUGUAGGAUGUGUCCAUUAUGCAAGUAUUUAACAGUGUGGGAGAAUAAGGGGAAGUUUAAGAGGGUACAGUGAAACUUUGUGAAGUUUAUAACUUUUACUUCACUGCUGAAAGCUGUGAGUGCUCAUACGCUCACUUACAUAAAAAUUACAUGUCAAAAGUCAUCUUUACCCACUCCUGGGAAUGAGAGCUCAGGGACACCCGGGAGGCAGGGACAAACCCCACUGACAGCAGCAUCCUGAGCUGAUGGGACAGAGCCAUGG